AUGAAUAACCGACCACUGAGUCUCGAUCAAAAAAUAAAUUUCAAACAAUAUUACUUCUAUGGAUUCAUUAUAAAUCUAUUACCAAUCUAUAUCUUUUAUCCUAUACGAACUGUUAAAACCAUCCAACAAUCGAAUAUUGGUACGAGUUCUUCAACUUCAUUUUUUAAAGUUUUUUCUGAAAGAGUGAAAACAGAAGGAGCUCGUGGUUUAUAUAAAGGUGUUGGAGUUCAUGCAUUAGGCAGUAUUGGUGGACGUUUAGUUCAUUUCUCUACUUAUGAUGCAUUAAGAGACAGAGUUUAUAGAGGACGAGGGAAAGGAAUUGGACUUUCUUGGUUAGAAGGUUGUAGUCAAACUACAACAAAUGCAUUUUUAGGGACUUUAAGCGCUAUAACAACUUCUAGCUUUAUUGUACCUUUUGAUGUUAUUUCCCAACAACUUCAAGUUUCAAGAUCACCUUCGUCAUCUUCAAAAGGUACCAACACGAAUAAUAAUGUUCCGGCUCUAUCCAAAAGUAAAAGGCAAAUUUCUACUUCAACAAUAACAAAACGACCUAUUUUUGUUGUUAGCACUCGACAUGAUGUUCAAAAGGUUCCUUCAGAUGUUAAUAAAUCAUCUAUCUUAACAAAUUUUAUAAGUCGUCUUAAACCAAAAGAUAUACCCCUCUAUAAAUUUCUUUAUCGCGGCUGGACCGCAGGACUCCUUAAUACAUUAUCAUUCUUUCCAGCAUAUUUUUUCACUUAUACCUAUACAUUGGAGCAUUUACAACGAAAUAAACAUCAUCUUUCAUUCUUGCCUUCUUCUUACUUUUUAUUUUCUGUGACGUCAGGUGUUGUGGCCGGAACUACUGCAACAUUUACUUCUGCUCCUUUCGAUGUUGUAAAAACAAAAAUUCAAAUUGCACGUGAAUCUCGUCGAGGAGAAUUAAGAUGGUUAAAUAUUGCCACAAGUAUUUUAAAGACUGAAGGUAUAAAGGGUUUGUUCGUAGGAAUGACUGCGAGAUUAUGGGUUGUAGUUCCAUUAGGAAGUUUAAAUUUCUGGGUUUUUGAACAAGUUAGAGAGUGGAGUACUAAUAAUGAUGCUUAA